UUCCCACGGACAACAGCAAACAGACGACAAAGGUCCGAUGUACAAGACAACUGUUGAUACUUAAUGAACAUCUCCCCCUGUCUCCGUCUUGUGUCCUGGGGAUAUUGACUCGUUACUUAGAUUUCUCAGAAGCAGAUUUGCAGUCGUGUCGAUUUCAGCCGAAGAAAAGCAAGAUGGGAGAAACCUUCAUGGAGCAAGUCCGGGACUUUUACUAUUCUUCAAUGGCACGGGGAGACAAGAGAGUAGAGAAUUGGUUACUGAUGGGAAACCCGGCGAUCAUCUCGGUGAUCUUCAUGUCCUAUCUCGUAGUGGUCCUUGCUGGCCCCGCCCUGAUGAGAGACAGACAGCCUGUCCCUCUGAAAUGGGUGCUCCUCCCCUACAAUUUCUUCUGUGUCUGUCUCGCAGCCUACAUGUUUUACGAGUUUCUUGUCACUUCUCUCCUAUCCAACUACAGCUACUUGUGUCAGCCAGUUGACUAUAGUAAUAGCCCCCUAGCCUUAAGGAUGGCUAAUGUUUGCUGGUGGUUUUUCUUCUCAAAAGUCAUCGAACUUUUAGACACGGUUUUUUUCAUCAUGAGAAAAAAGUUUGACCAGGUAUCUUUCUUACACGUGUAUCACCAUUGUACUAUGAUAAUCAACUGGUGGCUAGGUGUCAAGUACAUUGCGGGGGGUCAAGCAUUUUUUAUAGGGAUGUUGAACUCUUUUGUACACAUCAUAAUGUAUUCCUACUACUUCCUGUCUGGUGUCGGACCACACAUGCAAAAGUAUCUUUGGUGGAAACGCUACCUCACAAGACUGCAGUUGAUCCAGUUCGUGGCGUUCGUCAUACACACAGGGUAUAACUUGCUAAUCGACUGUGACUUUCCUCAAGGAUUUAACGUCGCCGUUUUCCUCUACUCGAUUUCUCUCAUCUUUCUGUUUGGUAACUUCUACUAUCGUGCCUACCUCCUCAAACAACGGGAACAGAAGAAGAAACUGUACUGAUUAGGGAAAGUUACACUCAUUCCAAUCGUGAUAUACCUCACAGUACUCCUUAGUGGUAUGAAGGUUCCGUCGCUCGGGUCUGUCGCAUAUAGUGCAUCUCAGUACAACUUAGCUGUACUAGCUGAACGAAGGAUCCAGGAUCAAACUUACCUUUGUCUACCUACUCUGUCUGUUGCAUUAUGUUAAUUUAAAAAAAAUAAAUCAUUUUUUCAUGUAUAUCACGUGUCAUGUGACAUGUCCGAUGUGUGGUGAUAGUCUUGGCCGUUGGUUUGUACAUUUGAACCGCGAAUAUUUGUACAUAGAAAAUGUACAACGUAUCAAAUUACAAGUGCCAACCGACCAUGCAAUUUUGUAUCAAAGUUAAACCAUAAAAUAAUGAAUCGAGGAACAUUUCAUGCAGUGCAGUACAUCAUUCAUGUAUAAGAGAGGCCAGUCAAGUUGUCAAAGAGAUAACACACUGCUUACAUUUAUUAUUUUAGAAAACAUGAAAUAAAUUCAUAUAUUUGUGUUUAGCUUUUAAGAUUAUAGAUAGUCCUGUCUCGGGCUGAUUUUAAGUCCUUAAACACGUGAUUUUUGUACAAAUAUCAAUUUUUAUUACAGUUGCUUACUUUUCACAUAGUUUUGUAGUUUGUGAUAAAUAUAAUUCAAAAAGCGUUA